AUGGGCAAAGCAAGUAGUGCUUCUCUCCUUCUAUCCUUUCUCACUCUUUCACUCUUUGUGGCAGAAACCUAUGCAAAUAGGCAAGUUCAAGCUCUUAACAAACUGCACAAGUCCAAGUUUUUCACAGGAAAUUCACAAACUGAUAGGAGUGAGUUUGAGGUAGAGGAGGUUGUUCUUGAUGGCAUUGUUCAUUCUCAAGAGGGUCUCAAAGAGAAAGAUAGAAUUCAAGGGCUUCCAGGACAACCCCAAGUGGGUUUUUCUCAGUAUGGAGGGUAUGUCACUGUGGAUAAACUUGCUGGUCGUGCCUUCUAUUACUACUUUGUUGAAGCUGAACGUUCUCAACAUACACUCCCUCUUCUUCUUUGGCUCAAUGGAGGCCCUGGAUGUUCAUCUCUUGCAUAUGGAGCAAUGCAAGAACUUGGACCAUUUAGGGUAAACAGUGAUGGCAAAACACUACACAUGAACAUGUUUUCAUGGAACAAAGUUGCCAACGUUUUGUUCCUUGAGUCACCUGCUGGAGUAGGGUUUUCAUAUUCAAACAAAUCAACAGAUUAUUCUUCCAGUGGAGAUAAGAAAACAGCUGCAGAUAAUUAUUUGUUCUUGGUGAAUUGGUUGGAGAGAUUUCCUGAGUAUAAAAACAGAGAUUUUUUUAUUGCUGGAGAGAGCUACGCUGGGCAUUAUGUGCCUCAACUUGCACAUACCAUUCUCCAUCAUAACAAAAAAGCAAAUAAAGCAAUCAUCAGCCUCAAAGGAAUCUUGAUUGGGAAUGCAGUGAUCAACGAUGUCACUGACUCGGAAGGACUGUAUGAUUAUCUCGCUAGCCAUGCAAUCAUCUCUGACAGAGCAGCUUAUGUGAACAAAGCUUGUGAUUUCUCAUCAAAGAUUCAGAAAAGUGAGUGCGAUGCAGCAGCAGAAGAAGUUGGGAAUAAUAUUGCUUAUAUUGACUUAUACAAUAUUUAUGCUCCACUGUGCAAGAGUACCAAACUCACACCCCUGCCCAAACCAUAUUCUGUUGUGACUGAUCCAUGUAGUGAAUCUUACGUGUAUGCAUAUAUGAAUAGAAAAGAUGUUCAAGAGGCUCUGCAUGCCAAUGUCACCCAUCUUAAAUUUGACUGGGAACCCUGCAGCGAUGUCGUCAAGUGGGUACAAAGUGCUUCAACAGUCCUUCCACUUUUACAUGAAUUCCUCAACAAUAGCCUCAGGGUUUGGAUUUUCAGUGGUGACAUAGAUGGAAGGGUGCCUAUUACUUCAACCAAGUAUUCGGUUAAGAAGAUGGAGCUCCCCGUUAAAACUGUUUGGCACCCUUGGUUUUCCCAUGGGGAGGUGGGUGGCUAUUCAGAAGUAUACAAGGGAGGCCUAACAUUAGCUACGGUGAGAGAAGCAGGGCAUCAAGUGCCAAGUUACCAACCCGCAAGGGCGCUAACUUUGAUCAAAUAUUUCUUAGACGGCACUCCUCUUCCUGGUCCUCCCAAAAGAAAAGCCUAG